ACCUAGCUUUUAACUCUAUCGAUGCUCUUACUCUGACAGAUCCGAUUCUUCAAGCUCUAAAAUACAUUAUCGGAUUGUUAAAACACAAUAGCCGUGAUUUAAUACAAAAAUUACACCGGUUAAUUUGUGAUAUACUUUCUUUUAUGGCUAAAUAUGAGUUAAUUAUGGAUAAUACUUUAUAUGUCGAAUUGAGGAGGGCUUCAAACGAAGUUCAGUUGACUGAUGGUGAGCGGAAUGAAUUGCAUGCUGCAUUAUCCAAACAUGUAACGAACGAACAUUUAUGCAUACAUAAAAGAAGUAUUAAAUCUAUACUGAAUGGAAGUGAAAAGCAUAAAAGUUGUACAAAUGUGUAUAAAAAAGUGAGAUUUGAAUAA